UCGUCCCUGCUAGGUUGGCAAGAGCUAGGGCUAACAGCGGGAGCUCACCCCGACCCGCAGCUUCUUUUUUGAGCAGAGGAAGAAGGGGAGCCCAGGGAAGGCUUGAAGCAGGGCAUCGGCGCUCGUCCCUGCUAGGUUGGCAAGAGCUAGGGCUAACAGCGGGAGCUCACCCCGACCCGCAGCUUCUUUUUUGAGCCGAGGAAGAAGGGGAGCCCAGGGCAGGCUUGAAGCAGGGCGUCGGAGCUGGUUCCUGCUAGGUUGGUUAGGGCUAACAGCAGGAGCUCAACCUUGCCAACCCUGCUAGUUGGCAAGGCUAACAGCGGGAGCUCACCCCGACCCGCAGCUUCUUUUUGAGCAGAGAAAGAAGGGGAGGGGCCUGCUUGGGAAGGAAGGGGAGCCCAGAGGAGGCUUGAAGCAGGGCGUCGGAGCUCGUCGCCGCCUCCCUUGCUCCUGAUCUCUCCCUCCCCGGCUGGCUGCCGAUGCCCAGCUCGAGCUAGCGCCAUGGAGGGCUCGUCGUUGGCCUCGGCGCCGGAGGGGGGUCCUCGCUCGGCGGUGGAGAAGCUCUCGGAGGCGGUGGGCCAGCGGACGAAGGCCCUGAGCAGCGCCUUGCAGGAGUCCCACCGCCAGCGCCGCCUCCUGAUGGUCAUCGUCUGCGUGGCGCUGCUCCUGGACAACAUGCUCUACAUGGUCAUCGUGCCCAUCAUCCCCGACUACAUCGCCGCAAUGGGCAGCCACUCCCAGGUGGCCCAGUCCCAGAGUGGAGGCAACAACGGGAGCAGCAACGCUAGCAAACCUUUGCUGCUGCGCCCGCGCUACCCAGCGGAGAACGAGGACAUCAAGAUCGGGGUGCUGUUCGCCUCGAAGGCCAUCCUGCAGCUGCUGGUGAACCCCUUGAGCGGCACCUUCAUCGACCGCGUGGGCUACGCCAUCCCGCUGCUCAUCGGCCUGGCCGUGAUGUUCCUCUCCACGCUGACCUUCGCCUUCGCCGAGAACUACGGCACCCUCUUCGCCGCCCGCAGCCUCCAAGGCUUGGGCUCGGCCUUCGCCGACACCUCCGGGAUCGCCCUCAUCGCCGACAAGUACCCCGAGGAGUCGGAGCGCAACCGGGCUUUGGGCAUCGCCUUGGCCUUCAUCUCCUUCGGCAGCCUGGUGGCGCCCCCUUUCGGAGGCAUCCUCUACCAGUUCGCCGGGAAGCGCAUGCCCUUCCUGGUCCUCGCCACCAUCUCUUUACUAGACGGGGUCCUCCUCCUCCUCACCAUCAAGCCCUUCUCGGACCGAGCGCGGGAAAACAUGCCCGUGGGCACGCCCAUCCACAGGCUCAUGGUGGACCCCUACAUCGCCGUCGUGGCCGGCGCCUUGACCACUUGCAACAUCCCCUUGGCCUUCCUCGAGCCCACCAUUGCCAACUGGAUGAAAAAGACUAUGGACGCCAAUGAGUGGGAGAUGGGAUUGACAUGGCUGCCGGCUUUCUUCCCACACGUCUUGGGCGUCUACGUGACUGUCAAGCUGGCCGACAAGUAUCCGCACUUGCAGUGGUUCUAUGGCGCGUUAGGGCUGGCCAUCAUCGGGGCCAGUUCGUGCAUGGUGCCCGCCUGUCGCAACUUUGGACAACUCAUGGUUCCUCUCUGUGGCAUCUGCUUCGGCAUCGCCUUGGUGGACACGGCCCUCCUGCCCACGUUGGCCUUCCUCGUCGAUGUCCGCUACGUCUCAGUAUACGGCAGUGUCUACGCCAUCGCGGACAUCUCCUACUCCGUGGCCUACGCGCUCGGCCCCAUCGUCGCUGGGGAGAUCGUCCACUCCUUUGGCUUCGUCCAGCUCAACUUAGGCAUGGGCCUGGCCAACGUGCUCUACGCCCCGGUGCUCCUCGCCCUCCGGAACAUUUGCCGGAUGAAGCCCUCCCACUCGGAGAGGAACAUCCUCCUGGAUGAGGAGCCCAAAGGACUCUACGACACCAUCAAGAUGGAGGAGCGGAGAAGCAAGGGCAGGAAGGCCCAGCCUGCCGGGGGGCUGGAAGGGAACAGCCUAGACUCUUGCCAGAGGGACUUCCGGGGAGUUUCAGAAGAAGACUCCUCCGACUAUGACUAUACUUAGAGAUGGGAAGCAUCUCCGCCGCCUCUUGUCUUCAUGUCCCAAUGUGCCAAUAUUCUAUACUUUUGUCUUGAUGUGAUGAUGGCUUCCUCCUGACUGUUCUUCUCUCUCUCUCUCUCUAAAGGUAGAAAGGACCCUCUGAAAAUGAAAGAUGCACUUCUUUAGACGGGAGGGGGUGGAAAAAGGGGGGAGUGGGCACACCCAGGCGCACCCCAUGCCCUUCUCUGAGUCUCUUGUGCCAAGGGGUUGUCUUGCAGUGUUGUGUGUGACUUUUCGGCUGGUUCCACAACUGAAACGUUGGACCAGUUCUGAAUCCAGCUCUUCCCGGUUGUAGAAGUGCCAUUCUACACUGUUCCUCCACCACCACCUCCACCUCCUCCUCCUCCUCUUCUUCUUCUCUCUCUUCUUCUCUCUUUAGAUGGGAGGAGGUUGAAAAGGGGGGAGUGGGCACACCCAGACGCACCCAAUUCCCUUCUCUGUGUCUCUUGUGCCACAGAGAAGGGGUUGUCUUCCCGGUUGUAUAAGUGCCAUUCUCC